UUGGCGCCAUUCCGCUACUCACACAAAAAACGUCUUCUCCCAAACACGCUCUGACAGUAGCGUAGACUCAGUAACCUAAGGCACCGCCGCACUGGUGCCCCGACUAACAAGAUGGCGGACACCGUUUCACUCAUGGACAUCGACGAAGACGAGAACCAAAACCUAAACAACACUCUGAAAUCGAACAACAAGGGAAAAAAUGUCGUCGUUACAACCGCACCACCUGAUACCAAAGCCACUCCUUGGGUCGAGAAGUACCGCCCUCAGUCCCUCGCUGACGUGGCUGCUCAUCGCGACAUUGUCGACACCAUUGAUAGAUUGACUAGCGAGAACAGACUGCCACAUCUCUUAUUGUACGGCCCUCCUGGUACGGGCAAAACGUCUACUAUUCUCGCUGUUGCACGGAAGCUUUACGGAGCGCAGUACCAUAAUAUGAUUCUGGAGCUCAAUGCGUCUGACGAUAGAGGAAUUGAUGUCGUAAGGCAACAGAUCCAAGAUUUUGCCAGCACUCAAAGCUUCUCCUUUGGUGCAAAGGCAUCAGUGAAGUUGGUCUUGCUUGAUGAGGCAGAUGCCAUGACAAAGGAUGCUCAGUUUGCCCUGCGUAGAGUGAUUGAGAAAUACACAAAGAACACUAGGUUCACACUUAUCUGUAAUCAUGUCAACAAGAUUAUUCCAGCUCUUCAGUCUAGAUGUACUAGAUUCCGGUUUGCUCCUCUUGAACCAAGUCAUGUCACUGAGCGACUCAAACAUGUUGUAAAGGCUGAAGGGCUUGACGUCACUGAGAGCGGCUUAGCAGCACUUGUACGGCUAUGCAAUGGUGAUAUGAGAAAGGCCUUGAACAUUUUGCAGUCAACUCAUAUGGCUUCUCAGCAAAUUACAGAAGAAGCUGUAUACCUGUGCACUGGAAAUCCUUUGCCUAAUGACAUUGAGCAGAUAUCUUACUGGCUUCUGAAUGAAUCAUUUGCAGAUAGUUUAAAGCGAAUAUCAGAAAUGAAAACAAAGAAAGGGUUGGCGUUGGUAGAUAUUGUAAGAGAAGUGUCAAUGUUUGUUUUUAAGAUUAAGAUGCCAUCAGAUGUCCGAGUUCGGCUGAUUAAUGAUUUGGCCGACAUAGAGUACAGAUUGAGUUUUGGAUGCAAUGACAAGCUACAGCUUGGAUCACUGAUUUCUACUUUUACAAAAGCUAGAUCUGCCCUUGUUGCUGCUGCAAAGUAGAUAUUUUUGUCAAGUUUGGACAUGUUCCAUUUCACUUGUGAGUUAAAAUGGUUUCUUAUGGUGACAAUAGCAGACAAGCUCCAAUGUCGUUAUUUUGGUCAAUUUCUGAGUACAACUAGCAAAUAUCAUAUUGUUCUCUAACGUAGUACAUAUGCUAUGAACACUUAAAAGAAUGUAGAGUUAACAAAUGUUGGAUCUAACCAUACAUAUUCACGAGGGGAUCCCAGAUUGUACAUUUAUGUGCAUGUCCAAAUACAUUUUUAGGAGUUCCUCUUUUCUGUCU